AUGGAGCUAGAGAGGAAAGUCGAAGAGCUAACCGCAAAGCUACGUGUGGCCGAGUCGGAGCUCGCCUCCAACGACGCUCAUCAACCGCAAAAAGUUGUGACGCGCUCGAAACACGGACCAGCUCCCGUGGCAAGCGUCGAUGCAACAUCAUCGUCUAUGCCGCCAAAUGGAGCUACUCCAAGGGAGGCUUCACUGUUGCCCUAUGAACCCCAGGAGGAAGCAUGCGACACUAUCGAACACGAAAUCAGUGAGCUGAAUCACCACACCAACGGGAUCGAAUUCCACGGCAGUUCCUCAUCAGCAGCACUAAUAGGGCAUCUUCAAAGGAAUAGGGAGAAAGACCGCGCCGAAAAACGAUGGAAUUCUCGCACCUCAGAGGCGGGGUUUUCGCUGGUCUCGACGCUGCAUAAUUCCAGUUUCUCACCUUCGUGCACAGCUGGUUCUGCGCAGCCGUCGCCAAUGCAGGAUCAUAAUUAUUACUUUGAACACGCCCACGCGUUUAUCAAUGGGUACUUUGAGAAUAUUCAUUUCAUUCAUCCAUUGAUCGACAAAGAGGAUUUCAAUGCCCGGGCGCAUGCUCUGUGGUUCAAUAGGACUCGGCAGCCGGAGCCGAGUUUUGUGGCUUUGUACCUCAGUGUACUCUCAUUUGGAGCUUUGGUCCGUGUUUGGGACGAGCGGAAGCUAGGGGGAUUGACGCGGUUUGAAUGGAGUCGAAAGUUGUUCAGUGAAGUGCGGAUGUAUCUGAAUCACCUGCACUUUUCUAAUAAUCUGGACACAGUUCAGUGUUUAUACCUGAUGGCAAAAAUAUGCCAAAACGAGCUAAAUCCUAAUCUGGCUUAUAUAUACUUGGGCCUUGCUGUACGUACUUGCUUGGCUGUUGGUUUCAAUCGAGAAAUACGCAAUUCGAAGGACCAACAACGUUUGGGCUGGAUCUCGAGGACUUGGUGGGGCAUAUUCUCUCUCGAAAUUGAAAUCAGUUUCUCCGUCGGACGUCCAGACACCCUAGGUAUGGACGAAUAUCACAACCGCGCCCUCCCGGACCGCGAUGACUCCGAAUAUGCCAUUAUACCUUGGAUGGUGGACUUCGCUCAGAUCAUCCGGCGUGUAUCCGUGCAAAUAUACAACUCGCGCAUCGCCUUGCAGGAAAAACUGCAGGCCGCCUUACAUAUCGAGGCUGACCUCGACAAAUGGAUGGCUCGGCUCCCUGACCGGAUAAAGCCAGAUGUCCUGGGACACCUGCCAUCGACCGGCGCAUUGCGAGACCCCAAAUGGGCGCGCAGACAGCGGCUGGUUCUGGGGAUUCGAUACUAUAACGUGAAGAUGUUGUUGUUUCGCCCGUUUCUGAGCUACUUCACUCGCAAACAGCCACACACACCCACGGAGCUAGAAGAACCCAUCGCAAAGUGCUUGGACGCAGCGGUGAAGACAAUCGAGAUCAUAUACAACAUCUUCCGCAUCCACACAUUCUUCCGCUGCUGGUGGUACAACACAACCUACGUCAUGUUCGCAACAUCGACCCUUCUCCUUCCCAUGUCCAAGCUGGGAAUGUGUGCCGAGACAAUCCCACUUCUACAGUCUGUCGAACUGGCGGUCGAGAUUCUAGAAGCGAUGGACGAGUCCGUCGUCGCGCAGAAGUCCGUCGAGAUCAUCAAGCACUACCUGAAGGACUUCCGCGGCUCGGAACCCCAGCCCGCCCCUUCCAGUUAUAAUGGCGAUGAUGCCAGUAUCCAGGCUCGUGCAAUGCAUGAACAGGAGGAGCAGCCUGGCUUUGAUAUCCCGGAGUGGGCCUACGGUUUCGGAUUUCCCGAGUACUCGUUUGAAGGGAUUGCGAGGUUGUUAGAUGAUUUGGGCGGGCUUCCGAUGUUGGAUGCUUGA